UCUUUUCCCUCAAAGUGUGUUUUUUGGGGGGUGAAGGGGGGAGAGAUGAAAUUAAAGUUUGUUGUUGGUUAAUGUCAGUUAUUACCAAGAUAUACAAAAUAGCUACAUAUGUCCCACAUAACCAAACCCUGCUUUCUAAGCCCUCAUGAUUCAUGAAACCACUCACCCAAAUUCAUAUAUAUACCAACUCACUUGCUCAAUAAUAACACAUCAAACACUAUUUAUUCCCUCAAACUUUAUAUUAUAUCCAUCACUUACUACUUCUACUUCAAUUCUCUCUAGCUUCCAUAUCCAACAUAUCAAACACCAUCCAUCCUUUAUUAUUUAUCUUGCUAGAGAAAGCUAUUUGGAGAAGAUCAUUAGAUGAGUAUAGUCAUGGUUUCAUAAUUCUACUCUAUCUAUAUAUCUGUGUUUGACUUUGUUGAGUUGAUGGAGUACUUGAAGGAACUAGAAGGAAAAAGCAUCCAUGAUUAUUACGAGCACAAAAUAAAGAAGGACAAGAUGGUGGCUCCUCCUCCGAUAUGGGUUCCGGGACCAAUUAUAGUGGGUGCUGGUCCCUCAGGCCUAGCUGCAUCCGCAUGCCUUAAACAGAAAGGAAUUCCAACUCUCAUUCUUGAAAGAGAAGCUUGCUUAGCUUCAAUGUGGCAGCUCAAGACCUACGAUCGCCUUCGCCUUCAUCUUCCCAAGCAGUUCUGCCAGUUACCCCUCAUGCCAUUCCCCAACAACUUCCCUUCUUACCCUACAAAGCAACAAUUCUUGGCAUACCUCAAGGCCUAUGCUGAAAACUUCUCUAUUAGGCCUCUUUUUCGCAGGACAGUCGUUAGCGCCAACUUCGACACGAGUUUUGGAGGGUUUUGGAGGGUUAAGACGAAGCUUAACAAGAACAAUAAAGAGGAGGAGGAAGAGGAGGAGUAUGGUUGCCGGUGGCUGAUUGUGGCCACCGGCGAAAAUGCGGAGGAAGUUGUGCCCCAAAUUGAAGGGAUGGGUGAGUUUGAAGGGCCAAUCUUGCAUACUAGCUUGUACAAGAGUGGAAGCUUGUUUUCUGGGAAGAAUGUUUUGGUUGUUGGAUGCGGAAAUUCCGGCAUGGAGGUUUGUCUUGAUCUUUCCAAUCAUAAUGCAAAGCCUUUCCUUGUUGUUAGAAACACGGUGCACAUUUUACCACAACAAAUGUUAGGGAAAUCAACGUUUGGUUUAUCCAUGUGGUUGCUGAAGUGGUUCCCUAUACAUAUUGUGGAUCAGUUUUUGCUUCUAAUGUCACAUCUUAUGCUUGGAGACACUUCCCAAUUUGGACUUAAUCGUCCUAAGCUUGGACCCUUAGAGCUCAAGAAUUUGAAUGGUAAAACACCAGUUUUGGAUGUUGGCACAUUAGCUCACAUCAAAAGUGGCAAAAUUAAGGUUUGCCGGGGAAUUAAACGACUAGCACAGCAUUCAGUGGAGUUUGUUGAUGGGAAAGUUGAGAACUUUGAUGCCAUCAUUUUUGCAACUGGUUACAAAAGCAAUGUACCCUCUUGGUUAAAGGGAAGUGAAAUGUUCAGUGAGAAAGAUGGAUUGCCAAGGAAAGCAUUCCCAAAUGGGUGGAAAGGAGAGAAUGGAUUGUAUGCCGUUGGUUUCACAAAGCGUGGGUUGCUUGGAGCAUCUAUUGAUGCAAAGAGAAUUGCUGAAGAUAUUGAACAUAGCUGGAAAGCUUGUGAUGCCACGCAUCAUCUAUUGGACUUCACUUCUCCACUUGCAUCAUCAUGAUCAUGAUCAUGAUGUGAGAUACAAGCUAAGAUACCCCAAAAAAUAAAAAGAAAAAUUCAAAAAGUUUUAUUUAGGGUUAGAAGGAAAAAAUGAAAAAAGAAGAAGGGAUAUUUGGUACAUUGCUUUGUAUGUACUAGCUAGCAAAAUAGAAUGCGCAAAAAUAAGACAACUAAGGAGCUUCAGAAAAAGGAAAAAUGAAAAAAAGAAAAAAAUGUUUUAUGCCUAAUUUUUGGUUUGGUUUUGGGGGUUGAAAUUAAUUAAUUAAUUGAUUAGGUGCUUGCGAUCAUCAUCUUAGUACAGAUUUGUAUAUCGUGUACAUUAUAUAUUUAACUAGUUGAGUUAAUUAGCUAGUUAGCUAGAUGGAUUUUUUUGGAGAAAAAACCGGAGCUGAUGCUAUUUUUUUUUUUUUAAAUAUUAGGUUUCUUAGUUGGGAUGAGUGAUAUGCCUAUAAUGAAAAAUUUAUUAUUCCAUGCGAGGUUAGUGCAUAAGAGUUAUUAUAUAUUAUGUAAUGUAUCAAUCAAUUAAUAUAUAUUAGUGAUUAUUGAUCAGGGAUAAUUUCAUACAUGCU